UCCAGCUCACUUGAGAGGAGACGUUCAAGAGAACAAGAUGUUCUGUUGUUGUGUUCCCACUUUCAGGAGCUCUGGGCCCAAGACAGCCCAGAGUGAGAGACUUUUAUGUCAUUGUAGACGUUGGCUCAGCCCUCUUUCCCGAAUCUUCUGGUCAUGUGGCAGGAGACACCAACAGAGCUGCACCCAGGAGAUCUUGGAUGAGCUGGUCUGGGACUUCAACUACUCCAACUCCCUAGACAUGUGUCAGGUGCACCAGGCCACCCAGGAUCAGUGCUACUGUGAGGAAUCAACCCUGUCCCUGGAUGAGGCUUGCACGAUGCUGAUGCUCAAAGAAGGCACAGUGGAGAACUUCCUACACUCCUGGGUACCAUCCUUCCCGGAUAGAAGCAUCUCAAAUAUCACCACCAAUUUCUGCAUCGAUCAGGUGUUCAUCUCAGCCCAAUGGGUCCUGGGCCAGCAGUUCAAUAGCACCCUGUCUCCCAUCUUGGGUACCUGGCCUGACCAGAAAUUGCAGGAUAUCUGGCAGUCCCUGCACUGUGCCUGUUUGGAGGUCAAGAAGACCUAUGAGCAUCUGAAGUGGCCUGCCUGGGACCUGAAGAACUGUGCCCCCCUUCUCCUACUGCAUCGGGAGCUUCUGGGGCCCACUGAGGCAGAGGCGGAGGGGCCAGCUCCAGGGCUCCUUCCAGCUGCAGAGCCAGAAAAAGGGCUUCCUGUGGAGCGAGAGGCAACCCCGGCUCUGUUUCAACCAUCACCUCAAGGGGCAGAGUCAGCCUCACCUCCAUCAGCCGUUCCAGAACUGGAACAAGUGCUCGCAGCUUCCAUAUGUGUUCUGGACCCUGAGCCACAGUCAGCUGGACCAUCAACUUUUCUGGGAGUUUUCACUCCAGCUGACAAAACAGAAAGUGAGCCCACUCAGGUCCCAGAGGCUUCCUGCCACCAAUAUGUCACCCCAAAGAACCAGCUGAAUGAAGAGAAGGCCGACAUCCUGGACUUCCCUCCCAAGCUGGUGGCAGAGCAACUGACAUACAUGGAUGCGGAGCUGUUCAAGAAGGUGUGUGUCCAACACUGCCUGGGCUCUGUCUGGACCAAGCGGAAUAAGCCUGGCAAUGAGCACCUGGCACCCACAGUCCGGGCCACCAUCGCCCAGUUCAACAGUGUGGCCAACUGUGUCAUCACCACCUGCCUUGGCAACCCACGCAUGACAGCCCGGGACAGGGCCAUGGUGGUGGAGCACUGGAUCAAGGUGGCCAAGGCCUGUCAAAUCCUGCAGAACUACUCCUCCCUGCAUGCCAUCCUCGCAGCUCUGCAGACUGUCUCAAUUCACCGCCUGAAGAAGACAUGGCAGAAGGUUUCCAGGAAGCGCUUUCAAAAAUUUAAAAAGCUGUGUACCGAAGACAAACCCCAGGGCAGGAAACUGCUCAUCAAGGAGCGGCCAUCUAAUAAAUUUGCCAGCCUGCUGAUGGACCUCCAGGGAGCCCGAAAGAGGGUACAGAAGAAGGGUGUCGUCCCCUACCUUGGCACUUUCCUCACUGACCUGGUGAUGCUGGAUACUGCAAUGGAGGACUAUCUGGAGGGGAAUGAGAUCAACCACGAGAAAAGGAAUAAGGAAUACAAAGUCCUGACGGAGAUCAUGCUGCUCCAGGUGGCUGCAGAGAAUUACAACAUAGAGCCCAAGGAUUCAUUUCAGGCCUGGUUCCAGUCUAUGGAGCAGCUCAGCGAUGAUGAGAGCUACAUCCUGUCCUGCCAGCUGGAGCCCCGGUCCUAGCUGGCCAGCAGCACUCAAGAAGGAG